UGGAGACCAAUGUGAUAUUUAGUUCAGUUACAGACAAGACGGAUAGCGUAGUAACAUACAGUACGUAUUGAAGAUAAAUAACCUACGCGUCAUAAGGGUUAUCGUCGACAAUGUCCUCUGAAGAUCAUGAUGAUGAAGAGGGGGGCUACCAGAGCCCUGAAGAGGUUUUGUCUAAUGAGGCUCAAAUCUACAGGAUACGAUUCUCUGCUGCUAAACAUGUGGAGGUGGAGUUUUGUAAAAAAGAAGACACAAACAAGAAAAGACACCCACCAGGCCGCUCAGGGAACAACCCGGGGAGAGUGAAGCGAGUCGUGUCCUGCAAGAGGAAGACCCGCCGGCACCUCACCGUCACCUCAGGGACCCGGAGGAAGUCUCUCUCAACAGGGAAGCAUCCAGAUAUAGGUGGUGGUGGUGACAGCGGCAGCAGCAGCAAGGACGAGGACGAGCCAGAAGACAUGCAGGAGCUGACCCACAGAGAGUGCUGGGAGGGCCCUCAGCAUAGGGACCAAGAGACCAGGAUGAAGGAGGACAUCUCCAAGUACGGAGACUUCUUCAAAGAGUUGUCCCAAGACCACAGGAUGAUGACACAAGUGCUUUCUGGAAGGCACCUGCGGCUCAAGAUAGCAUCCAGCCUGUGGAAAAGAAGUGCAGGAGAAUUACUGGCAUAUUUAUUAAGGCUUGAAGACACAAGCUUGCUUGUCGACUGCCUGCCUAUAAUAACCAAACGCCUUCAGGACGACACAUCAGACAUCAACAUUGGCUUCUGUGUGGAUCUUCUACCAUUGGUGAAGAGCGCCCUCAGGAGUCCAUCUGAAGACUACCUGAUUGUGGGUUUGAGCUGGGUGCAAUCUGUCCUGAACAAAUGGUGGUCCCAGUUUACAGGACAUUAUGAUCAAGCAAGUGCCACAUAUGUAUCUGACAGAAAUGUUUAUAUCAUGAAACACCAACUACAAGAUCUGCAGGAACAGGCGCCCCACUUCUGUUCAUUCUCAGGAAAGACAGGUAAAAUAGCAAAGAGUGUACAGGCAUGCUUGUUUCAGCUGUCUUGAUGAUUGCUGAUGCAGAGGUGGAUAAGACCAUAACUUCACACAACUAGAGACAAAUUCACAUCACCAAAACACUUGUACAGUUGGCCAACCUCAUUUCACCACAAUGUAGGCUACUAGACAUCUGCUUCAAAAGAAUGUGACUACCUGACUUAUUAUGUUGCUGAUUGUGAAUGUUAUUAUAGCCUACUUUGGUCUUUAGACUUUGAAGAGUCAAUUCUAUACUGCAUGGUUCCAAAUGUAAGGACGGCUUCAGGAAGAACAUUUCAGAGGGCUACUCUGGUCAUAGAGUGCUAGGCGUGAUAUGCCAGAGACUGUUCUGUGAAAGCCAAUUUCAAGAGGUCAUUAUGAUAAUGAAUCAUUCCACAAAAAGCUGUUCAUCAUCCUCUCACCAAGCUCUUGUAAACGUGUUAUUGCAAAACAGCUGUUAGCAUUAGGCCUAUGUCAUUUUGAUCAUUUUGCUCUGUAAAAAGUACAAUGAUGUCAAAUGCAAUGAUGGUUAAAUUAUGCUUAUUGAAUAUGUAUUAUAAGCAUUAUUGAAUGUUAUUUAAAUUAUGUUUUUUUUCCCCCAACUAUCAUCCAACUUUAACAAACGCCUAUCCGCGGGCAUGUAAUUAUGCUACGGGUUUUACACUGGAAUGGUCAUACAGGCCCUGCACUUGUAUAUAAAUUGCAACUUGCCAAUAAAGGAAUAACGGGCAUGUGCUGUGUCUGACGUCAUUACUCGGCGCCCAUGCCGACUUGACAGCUGCGUUGUGGCUGUUUCUUGAGAUACUGUCGUAAUUUUGGUGUUAUUACGACUUUGUAGUGGUUUAAUGAAACGUCCGAGGCUUUAGAACAGAUCGACACUCAUGGAUAUGGCUUCUUCUGUGCGGCAUGCAAGAUUGCAAUGGCAGGUGUUUAUUGUCCUAAUAGAAAUGUGCGCAUGUUUCACCGAUGUGGAUCCUCUGUCCAUUACAACUGCGACGGGAUUGCAAACAAAUGGAGAUACAUUCAAAAUCGACGGCCGUGCGAUUGUACCUGGAGUGAGGCUACAGGACUGGAUUUCAACAGCCCGUGUUAUUGUCGAGGGAGAGGAACACGUCGGAUUUUUCAGGGUCCUACGUUGUUCAAGUGAUUUCACCGUCAUACCGAUUCGAACCUGUCCGAGUUGACAUCACAACUAAAGGAAAAAUGAGUGUCACUUCCCUUUUGUUUUACAGAGCACGUCUUGUGAACUAUAUCAAGCCAUCAGAGGUAGUGAGAUUCCCAUAUCCCCUUCAGAUGAGGUCUAUAGGCCCGCACUCAUACUUUGU